GUUCCGCUUCCGGUAUUGUCAGCCGCGGGAGAUGCAACCCAAACAAUGAAUUUUUCUGAUUAAUUUGUUGCUUUUUAGCAUGUUGUUAGUGAAUUGAUGAUCACAUUAUGAGUUCUGCAAGCAAGGUUGGUGAAAUAUUUACGGCUGCUGGAUCAGCCUUCAGCAAGUUGGGAGAGUUGACAAUGCAACUCCAUCCAACAACUGAGCAAAGCCCCACGAGUGGAAAAUGGACAGACAAUGAAAUUGAAAUGCUCAGAUCGGCUGUUAAAAAGUUUGGAGAUGAUCUCAACAAAAUUAGUGACGUAAUAAAGAAUAGGACUAUUUCUCAAAUAAAAAAUCAGUUAAAACGGAAGGCAUUUGAAGAUGCUGGCAUACAACCCAGUGUGGAGACAUCGCCAACAAAAACAGUCGUCAAGCAUGUAGUGACCCAUCACGUGACGCACGAACCCCAGACCAAGAAACAGAAAACAUCAGAUGUGACGCUGAGUGCUCUCAAUGCUCCGGAAAGUGAUGUCGACAUUGAAGGUUUAGGUGAUGGGUCUGCAUCCAAGAAACUCGACUUCGACUCAGAUGUGGACUCCAGUAUGCUAUAGUAUUGGUGAAGAACAGGAGAGAAAGUAUUUUCUUAAAGGGAACACCCAUCUGUCCUGAUGAUACAAUCAAACGGAUCUUCAUAUUCUCUCAUAACCAUUUCAUCGUCAUCCAGGUUAUCAAUGUGUUUCAUACCCUACUCAAAAGGCCCAAAGUUUAAAAAAACUAAAACAACCUGUAAACCUUACACAUUGCCUGAGGUUUUUUAAAUUAUUUUAAUAGUGUAAUUUAAAUGUAUUAAUAAAUAAUUUUAAUUUUGCUGGUUAAAGGUGGAAACUGUUUUAUGUAUUCUCAAUGAUCAGGGUGUGGAGAGGUAAUUGCUCAUAAUAUUGAUCACAUGAUAUUCGAUCCAGUUUUACACAUCACCUGGAUCCAGUCCUUAUUCUGGGCCCUUAUUCGAAUGUUCAGAGCCCUAAGAAUCCAUAACUUUGAUUGUAGCCAAUGUGUUAAGAAUGGACUUGAGAGGUUCAUAGCACUUUGAACGUUUGAGAAUAGCUAGCCUGCCUUGUAGUGUGGCAUAUUGCUGUGUGGGUGGUGUUAAACAACAAACAAAAAACUUCCAUCGUAUCAUAGUGCGUUUCUCAUCUUUAUUCUCAGUUUCAAAUGAGAUGAUGAACAGUUUGGAGAAAAACUGAUACCAUAAAAGUCAACGUUGGGUUGAGGAUUCAAGUAAUAAGUCAUCUGUUGCUUAAGAUGUAGAGAACAGUUUUAUUGUCUAAUUUACCAUAUUUGAACUGUAACAUUGCAGUGAUGGUAUUGAGAGCUUUAAAUACUGAGGGAGGGAAGGCUGAAGACACAGAGAAACAUGAAGCAGGAAGUUUAUUAAAAUGUCUUUAUGGGUGGGAAAAUAUACAUUCAAACUAUUUAUGGGAUGUUAAUUUACAACCUGUUGGUAAUGAGAAACCUAAAAAGUACAUUUGACUUUCCUUUACAUAUGAUGUGUAAUCUUAGAUAAGUAAUUAUUCUAAAUAAUAUAACCGCCAGAUACCAAAUAAUAAAACAUGGAGUCUUUGAAUUUUAUUGGUGUAGUUGAAGUUAUCAUUUAAACAUAUUUCUCAUUAAAAAUUAGUUUAUUAGCCUAAAGUCUCUGUACCUGCCAAUAUAGGGAUUAUUUUCAUAGAAUUGUGAAUCCUGAUUGACAAAAACUCUGAUUAGUAUUUGGAUUCAGCUGAACAGAAAUGGUUUACAUUCUUUGAAUGACAUUUAAAAGUUCAAUGUACAGCUAUGGUUGUAGCAGUAGUCCAAAAUAGCAGUCAUGGUAUGCAAUACAGUCAUGUUAGUUCGAUUUACAGGUGUCAAGUGUUGCUCAUUAGAUAAGAUAAAUGUUGCUUAUUUGUUCAUACGAUUUAAACAAUAAGUCAAGAACUCAAAAUAAAAGCAAAAACUAUAAGCCCCUUUUCUGAUUUGAGAUGUAACACAGGCAUGCAAUUUUGUUAUUUCAGAAAAAAACCUGAAACGUAGUUGCUUUUAUGCUUGAGUAAAACAAUGGCAGUGGUGUGUUGAAGAAUUUGCUUAUUUAUUUUGAAUUUGUUUGCAAUGAUCUUUUAUGUUUUAUUGCUACAUACUGUUAUGUUGGUGUCAUCUGUUUUAUUAGUGAAACAAUACUAUAAAGUAAAGAAAUAUUUGUUGAAAUGUGUUUCACUCUUAAACAUGUUUAAGAAUGUACAACAUUAUUUUUAGAUUUUGGGAUUUUAAUCAGCUGAGUUUGUAAGACAGGUGAGUUAGACUAAUCAAUAUGUGAUGCAAGUUGACAGAACACAACAUGAACACAACAUAUAUAAAUUUUAAAGGAGGCUAUGUGAGCUACAGUAUUGCAGUUUGUCAUGCAGAGUUACCUCCCUUAUCAGGAUCAGGAUCCAUUGAUUGGGAAACACCACAUUUACGGAGAUGAAAACAAAUAUUUAGUCCACUUGUCCUCAUAAUGAUAACCCCCUAAAAGCAAAAUCCUUUAACAUGGACGGUAUAUUCUAGUCCUUGUGAUACCUUAACUCCCGGGCAGGUCAUCAUUUCCCUUUCAUGUCUUUUCAGUAUUUCAGUAUAUGUGGUUUGUUUGAAGUAUUUCAACAAUUACAAUUCAGAGCAAUCACAUAUUUAGUACCAGAAUGAUACUGCCAUUUGUAGUCAAUCUCAUUGUCAUCAGAUCUUAGUUCUUGCUGCUGCCUAGCAAAAGUCUUAGGACAUCCCAAUACUGGUGUGCACACAAGAAUGACCUUUGCUCUGACCAAGUCUCUAACAGUUCAGGAAAGAGAUUGCCAGAAGUCAGAAUGUGCUGUCUAAUUGAGCGGCCUUGAAAAAGUUGACUUAAAAUAUUCCAAAUGACAGAUUUACACUAAUUAGUGAAAAGUCUCAUUUAUCUCUUGCUUUAUCAGGGCAAUGGGGUAGCCUAAUGGUUAAAGCAUGUGCUUGUCUCCCCAAAGAUCUGGGUUCGAUUCCCCUUGCCGUAGAUCUGGGUUUGAUUCCCCACAUCGGUACAAUGUGUGAUGCCCAUUUCUGGUUUCCCCGCCAUGAUAUUGCUGGAAUAUUGCUAAAAUGGCGUAAAACCUUAAUCACUCACUCUUCCUUUAUCGGGAUGAACUUUUCAACAGAAAAGACGACUGCAUUGCUGAGUACCAACUCGGACAUCUGUAACACAUACCAGAUUGUUCCUUCUGUCAUUCUGAUGUGACCUGUAUUAGGAUGUCUUCAUAUCUUUGUUGCAGCUGCAAGAACUAAGAUCUGAUUUCAACGUGAUUGUGUAGUAGUUGUCAUGAAAAUGCUGUCAUCUAGCACCUCAUUUUGCAUCUCAUUUGUUUUUAUGUAUUGUACAGAAUAUUAAAUGGUUUCUAUGAAAAGUAGGUAAUUUGUAAGAUUUUGAAUUUAAUAAAUAUGAGAUAAUGUUUAAA